CUGCACCACAGGCUGGAUGAGGAUAAAAGUCCACGCGAACACAAUCUGCCCAGAGAGCCAAUCAAUAAAGAGGUCUCGGGGUUAGGUUGAUGGUUCUUUCGGGAGUACUUCCCUCAACAUGAGGGUCCGUAACUGACUUUGGAUAUUGAACACAGGCUACCUGUUGCUAAAAGUUCAAUAUCCAUUUCCCAGAGUUUCGGCGAGCAGAGCUGGGCGCAAUUACGCACAAGUACCAAUGGCACCGAUUUGGGACAGACGGGCUCCCGCGUUGCUCUUGGUGUGGAGCUACUGCGUCCUGGCGGAUACCGCCUUUACGAACUUUACUCUGGACAACGAGUUCCACUCCAGCUUCAUCCACCGUCGACUGAAGAGCCAGGAGCGCAGAGAGAUGCAGCGGGAGAUCCUGUCGAUCCUGGGGCUGCCGCACCGGCCGCGACCCCACCUCCACGGAAAGCACAACGCCGCCCCGAUGUUUAUGUUGGACCUGUACAACGCCAUGUCCACAGAGGGGGACGAGGACAGAUACUCAUACCCCUACAAGCCCGUCUUCACCACCCAGGGGCCCCCGAUAGCCAGCCUGCAAGACAACAACUUCUUAAACGAUGCAGACAUGGUGAUGAGCUUUGUCAAUUUAGUAGAGCACGACAAGGAAUUCCUCCCAGUGCGCCGGCAUCACAGAGAGUUCAGAUUUGACCUCUCGCGGAUCCCAGAGGGGGAGGCGGUCACUGCUGCUGAGUUUCGCAUCUACAAAGACUUCAUCCACGAGCGUUACGAUAACGAGACCUUCCGCAUCAGCAUCUACCAGGUGUUGGAGGAACACUCCGAUAGAGAGUCCGACCUGUUCCUGCUGGACUCGCGGGUGAUCUGGGCAGCAGAGGAGGGCUGGUUGGUGUUCGACGUGACAGCCACCAGUAACCACUGGGUCCUGAACCCGGGCAGGAACCUGGGGCUACAGCUCGCCCUGGAGAGCACAAAUGGAGAGAGUAUCAAUCCUCGUGUGGCGGGGCUGAUAGGUCGCAGUGGGCCUCAGAAUAAACAGCCCUUCAUGGUGGCCUUCUUCAAAGCAACUGAGGUGCACCUGCGAAGCAUCCGCUCAGCCCCGGCAGGGACCAAGCAGCGUAACCCCAACCGCUCCAAGGGGGCAAAGAGCCAAGAGGCACUCCGAGUGGCCAGUGUUGCAGAAAACAGCAGCACUGAUCAGAAGCAGGCGUGUAAGAAGCACGAGCUCUACGUCAGUUUCAGGGACCUGGGGUGGCAGGACUGGAUCAUCGCUCCAGAGGGAUACGCGGCGUACUACUGCGAGGGAGAGUGCGCCUUCCCACUAAACUCCUACAUGAACGCCACAAACCACGCCAUUGUGCAAACCCUCGUUCAUUUCAUUAACCCAGAGACCGUCCCGAAGCCUUGUUGCGCCCCCACGCAGCUCCACGCCAUCUCAGUGCUCUACUUUGAUGACAGCUCCAACGUCAUCCUCAAGAAAUACCGCAACAUGGUGGUCAGAGCUUGUGGCUGCCACUAGACUCUCAGCAUCUUCACACAGACACACAACAUGUAUGCCCACGCACGCACACACACACACACACACACACACACACACACACACACACACACACACACACACACACACACACACACACACACACACACACACGUAAAGCUGUUUUAUAAAUAAAGGCCAAAAAUGGAUUUCAAAACAAACUGCGUCUCACAUGCAUUUGAUGAAGGUCCUGAGCGUUCAAGACAAGUUUCCUGUGCGGGAAAACGUUCUUGUCUCAUUUUCCAGGUUUGUUCUGAGGCAUCAGACUGACGGACAAGCGCUGUUCGAGGGCGAUGACCAGAGAAACGUCUUUGCCUGUAGCCUUCAGCCUUCACUCUGUGUAACUGUGUCAAAGGGCGAAGGCUGAACUUCACUCUGUGACACAAAAAGAAAAUUCUUGUUUUUCUUGAGCAAGAAUUUCAAUCAAUUUUAGAUUCCUCACCACAAGUACACACACAUACAUACGCACACGUGCACAAACAAACACGCACACACACACACACACACUCACGUUUGUGCUUUCUACUGUGUAUACAAGACAUUUAAAGCAGUGAUUGUACUGUAUACUCCUUCACAGUCAACAAUAUUUUGUUUAUUUCAACAACUUGUUAUUGUAGUUCAUUCUUUUACUGUAGAUUUUUAUUAUAUAUAUAUUUUUAUGACUGAGAGACCCAGAUCGAAGUUCUGAAUUUCUUAUAUGUACAAUACUGUGUAAAUAUUUUUUUUUUCAACAAAAGAAAAAAAGCAAGAAGUGUAUUUAUUUCCUGAAAUGUAACUUGGGUUUGUGUUUUCUCCUGUAUGUAAUGCUGCCUGUUUUCUUUCACAUGAUAGUACACACACACUCUGAGGAAAUGAAAACAAAGUUGAUGGGAAACUACUUUGACGUGGAGGUCCAAUUCAAAGCACCUCUCUCUGUGUGCGCUUCACGCUGAGGGUAGAGGGGGGAGUUUAUGACGACUUGGAACUGUGGAAAUGUCGAGAUAUUUCACCAGUCGUUACAUAAACCUGACACUUGUUUCGUUUGUUUUUAAAAACCCACAACAAUCAGCGGAAGUAUUGAGAGAAAAGGGAGAUUUUUUUCAAAGCCUCUUAUUUUGUGUGCAAAAAAAAAUUUCAGGUUUAUAUUCCUCUGCUGUAAUACAAUCUGUCAUAUUUAAAAACAAAAAAAGUCUAUUUAUUGAGAGCUGGCUAAGCUGUUUCUACAUUGUGCUCCGAUAUCUCAAACAUGUUUAACUGCUGAACUGGUACAACAAUAAACUGGGAGAAAAGCGACAAA